AUCCACAAUACCACGACCAAAGCUCCCCACUCCCCUCUUUUACGGUAAAAAAGAAAGAGGUCCAGAAAGAGGAAGCAUGAGGCCGGGAGCCGGGUUCAACGUGAACGGAGAGGCGGCGUUGGCAGCGCCGCCACCUUCGUCGUCGGUGCCUCACUCGGCGUGGCACUCUCCGGUGCCGUACCUCUUCGGGGGACUGGCGGCGAUGCUGGGCCUCAUCGCCUUCGCCCUCUUCAUCCUUGCCUGCUCCUACUGGAAGCUCUCCGGCUACUUCGAGGGCGGAGACGGCGAUACUGAGAAUCGGGGCGCUGGUGGGAAGCCCGGUGCCGACCCAGUCGCCAAACCGCCGGAGAGCUUCGAGCCGCGGAUCGUGGUCAUCAUGGCUGGUAAGCCCACCUUUCUCGCCACGCCCAUUUCCAGCCGCGCCGCCUCCUACGGCGACCAACCUGUUGACACCGCCGAGAGCGAGAACGUUGAGAACGGGAAGAAGCCGGGAAGCGCGGCAAACGCACCAUCCGUUGAGCCGAAUCAGACCCCAGAGGGAGGAGAGUGAGCAGAACCACCAAGGUCAAGGCCAUGGCCAGAAUCAAGAGCACUGAAAUAUACCUCUUCUUUUUCUCUUUUUUUUCCUCCUUUAUUAGAGUUUGCUUUUUUUUUUUUUCUCAAAAAAAAAAGAAACAUUUUGACUCGGUGUUGUGAAUAUUUGAGCUGGACUGGAAUGGAGAAAGAUUUGUUCCCACAA